GUUUGAGCGAACUCCCACAUUGACUACUUUUGAUAUGAGUCCCACAUCGACUCUCUCCCUGGUGACUUCCACUAGCUCGGAAAGUAGGAACAUUCCUCCAUCACCGACGCCAGAACCAACCAUCGUCCCAUCAUCUGUCUUCCCAACUCCCCUGCCGACAUCAUCGGCAACUCCCACUCCACCAAUAACAUCACAGCCCCCGCCAACAACCGCAGCCCCGGUGUCACAAAAGGAGGCAAUGAUGGUGGUGGCCUUGGAGGUGAAAACAACGGAAAACGUGAACAGCACAGAGUUCAAGGCCAAGAUACAGAAUGCUUUAACGCGCUGCUACCUGGAAGCAUUGCAGGUGAGAAGGAAGCGCUCGGCGGAGAUGUCGCAGCAGGACGACCUACACUCAGGUUCUGGAAGAUUCCAGCGUCAGGCAGGUUCACAAGCUACUGUAGAGGUAGUCGACGUGGUGAGGAAUAGCUCCGACCCUAAGGUCACUCAGGUCUCAUUCUACGUGACUGAGGACGGAAGCUACGUUCCUUCAUCUACGGCGACUACGGUGUUCAGCAAGUUCUCCCUCAGCUACAUCAGCGCCAUACUGGCCUACCCGGUGUUGUCGCCCAUCCGCGCCCUGAGUGCCGAUGUUGCUGCUCCUCAGCCCAGCACCUUCGACACCGACAACACCCGCCUCUUUGUGGUGGCAGUGGUGUUGCCCAGCCUCCUGCUGCUGAUGUUGCUGGCAGCAGUGGCUUUCAUCUUUCACCGUUACCGUAGUUCCAGGACCCCAGUCGUCUCCUCCGCUGAUGUCGUUCCCACCAAAUAUCAGCGUGGGGAAACUCUGGACGACUACAACCUACACGUGGAUGUGGAGAGAGGUGAAAUCGUGGACCGCACCCCUCGCCACACCCCUGAGCCUCCCUUCCUCCGCGAGUACAUCCCGUCCAAGUAUGGUAGACCCGUAGGUGUCUUCCACAAAACCGCCGACAAAGGCCUGCCCACCUCAAAGCAGCAGAUGAUUGACAUGUGGUUGAGAAGCGAAGGACCACGCCCUGUUGGGUCAAUGGAAUCCAUCGACAGCGUGGCCAAAUCGGACACAUUUUUGUACAGAAAGAAAUAUUACGGACCGGAGUUGUAUGCUCUGCAGAAAAAGAAAAUGCAGCAGUUGGACGCCCACCAGGAGUUUCCUUACAAUAACUAUUUCAAUGGUUUGGGGAGUACGCCAGAAUCCUAUACAGAGGACAAAGAAGAAACAGACUGCGAAUGAAGACAAGAAGAAGAAAAAGGAGCAGGAAGAUGCAG